CUCGCGGCACCGGACGCGGGCAAAUCUGACUCAAUCCUGCAAAGAAGUCAACAGCUGGCUGCCCAAUGGAUCCAGGAAAUCAUUCCACAUUCCAUUGGCUUCCCUGGCUGGCUGGCUGACUGACAAUCCAUCAACGUCUGCCGUGUGUUGCCUGAACCCAAUUCCACAGCCUGCUGCUAGACUGUGUAUUGUUUCGCAUCCAACCCACCAUCACGGUUCCAGCUCUUCGCCCACCUCGCCUUGUUACGGAUACUACCGCUGCUGCCAUUCUGCUUUUGGCUACGUGGUGGUACUCCCUUUGUCCUCGUCAUCUGAGUCACGAAGAGGGCUUAGUUCAGUUGCCUGAUGCUAGCCUCUUCUCUGCCUAAUACUCACCAUCCUUUGAUCAAUGCCAGGCUGAGCCUGAUUCCUACGCUGUGACUCUUGAGCAUUGAGUACUAUAAAUCGGUCGGGAGUUCCUUUCCAUUUUCCAUCCCCGUCAUCACCACCAUCAAGCCAGACCAUCGGAAACACUCCCGAACUCAUCAACCCCCUUGCAACAUUCUCAAAAAACCGCCCCCACCAAUCCAUCCACCACCACCACUUUUAGAACACUCGCCACAAGUUCCAGCCCUGGACUCCAGAACUACUUAUUACAUAUCUGGGAUCGAACAAACCUCACGUUUCUUCCGGCUUACAACGUCAUAACGAAGGCUUUUGCUACGGAAAUAUCUCAAGAGCACAUCGGGUUGAACGAGCCAGCCUCGUCACCAUCGCGAAACCAAUCUACCUCAAACAAAACCAAAAUCAAUACCACUACCACUACCCCCGACAAGAUGCCUCAUUACCACAGCACGUCUGGCUCCAGCAGCAGUGGCGAGAGAAUCUACCACAACCCACGAAGAGACGGUCGAGAUCGCAAAGAGCCUCGACCAGUUCCUAAGCGCGAGGUUGUCGUCAUCCACCACCACACAACUACCCGAGACGAUCCCGUACGGAGCGCAGGCAUGAGCCACAACAGAUGGAAGUAAACGAGCCUGGUGCUCGUCCCACUCAAAGACUGUACGACCUUUUCUUUUGUAGCGGAGACAUCAAGAAUGUGAUACCAAGCGAGGGAGUUUUACUUAUUGAGUUAUCUGGGCAUCGACGGAGUUCAGCAUGGAUACGGUUGAGCAUGUGAGGCAUCACCACUCUUGAAGGGCAUGGGCAUGUGCGUACACCCUGCAAAGGGCAUUUCUUUUGUCACGAUGGAUUCAAGGGCUAUCAUGGGCAUGCUGGGACCGUUAUGGAGGAAUUGGCUACUUUCCCGACCUCUUAUUGCCUAAUGGCACUGUCACAAUAUUGAAGAAUAGAGAGAACGGGCAGGACGCAAGUCUUUUGUAUCAACUAUUGCUAUGAGCUAGCCUAGGUACUUGUAGUUAACUAUUUCAGGCCAUCAUGAUACUGUAAGUAUCUUUUUGGCUAGUGAUUAUCGAUUGUUGGAUAUCGGCAACGUAUCGAUAAAUGGUGGACAUGCCUGGAAUGGACAAUCCAG